AUGGCAUCAACGACAAAACCGGACCCCGGUCCCGGCCCGGGUGACUCCAGCAGUUUCACCCUCCCGGGAUCCAUCCCCGGGACCGGAGGACUCCGCACCGAUACCACCACCGAUGACCGAGAACCCGGAGCCGUCCCCGGAACGAAACAGAGAAACCCCAAAUGGUACAAAAUCCAUCUCUUCCGGGGCAUGAUCAACGACCUGCGGCGGCGAGCGCCCUACUACCUCUCCGACUGGACCGACGCCUGGAACUACCGCGUCAUCCCCGCCACCGUCUACAUGUACUUCGCCAACAUCCUUCCGGCCCUGGCCUUCUCCCUGGACAUGUUCACCAAGACGGACCGGAUGUACGGCGUCAACGAAGUCCUGCUGGCCAGCGUGCUGGGCGCCGUGGUUUUCAGCGUCCUAGCGUGCCAGCCCUUGGUCAUCGUGGGCGUGACGGGCCCCAUCACCGUGUUCAACUAUACCGUGUACGACAUCAUGGAGCCGACGGGGACGAACUACAUGGCGUUCAUGUGCUGGAUUGGGCUUUGGUCGCUUGUUUUCCACUGGAUUUUGGCGGUCACGAACUCUUGCAACUGGUUGCGUUAUGUCACGAGGUUUCCGUGCGACAUCUUUGGCUUCUACGUGGCGUUUAUUUACCUGCAAAAGGGCAUUCAGGUGUUGGAGCGGCUGGGCGACGCGGAGCCGUUUUACCUGUCGGUCGUGGUGGCCUUGUGCGUCUUUGCUAUUGCGUACAUCUGUGGCGAGCUGGGGGACAGUAGCCUGUUUAACCACACGGUGAGGGUGUUUUUGAAGGAUUACGGGACGCCGUUGACGGUGGUGUUCUUCACGGGGUUCGUCCACUUUGGGAAGAUGGAGAAUAUCCAUCUGGAGAACUUGGAGGUUAGCAAGGCGUUUUUCCCGACGCCGCACGAGGAUGGCUGGAUCAGAGGGUGGUUUAUCCACUUUUGGGAUAUACCCGUGGGACAUAUCUUCUUGGCUAUUCCGUUUGCUUUGCUGUUGACUAUUCUCUUUUGGUUUGAUCAUAAUGUCUCCUCCCUCAUUGCCCAAGGCACCGAAUUCCCCCUCCGCAAGCCCGCCGGCUUCCAUUGGGACCUCUUCCUCCUCGGCCUAACCACCGGCGUCUCCGGUCUUCUCGGCCUCCCCUUCCCCAACGGCCUCAUCCCGCAAGCGCCCUUCCACACGGCCUCUCUGUGCGUAACCAAAGUCGUCACAAACGACGACACGGACGCGGACUCUUCCGAAGCCAAGGGCCAUCCUUCAUCAGAGUCAUACGAAUACAAACCCGUCUCCGUCGUCGAGCAACGCGUAUCCAACCUCGCCCAAGGGCUGCUCACGCUAGGAACCAUGAGCGGCCCCCUCCUCAUCGUCCUCCAUCUGAUCCCGCAGGGCGUGUUGGCAGGCCUCUUCUUCAUCAUGGGCUACCAAGCGCUUGCCGGCAACGGGAUCACGCAGAAGCUGAUCUUUCUGUUCAAAGACAGCCGGCUGACCAGCCCCAACCACCCGCUCAACAACAAAGCGCUGAGGAGAAGCCGGGUUUGGCUGUUUGUCAUCAUCGAGCUGGUCGGCUUCGGCGCGACGUUCGCGAUCACCCAGACUGUUGCGGCCGUGGGCUUUCCCGUGGUCAUCUUUGCGCUGAUCCCCGUCAGGGCCAUGUUGUUGCCGAAGUGGCUGAGCAGGGAGGAGCUGGUAGCGUUGGAUGGGCCGACGGCUAGCCCGUUUACUAUGGAGAGUGUGGGCGGGGCAUAUGGGGGCGUUGAGGAGGCCGAGGAGGGUGGGGAGAGCAGUAGUGGUGCUGAUGAGGGCAGUGGUGGUGGUGGUGUUGUGCUCGGUGGUGGUUCCUCUUCGGCUGUGGGAAGGAGUAAGUCGAAGAAUAGUAAGGUGACCGGUGAGAAGAGCGCGGAGGAGUUGGCAGAGCUGGGGCAGGGUGGUCGUUUGUCGGUUGGAAGUGGCAGGAGCUCGUUGCGGAGGGGAAUCACGGCUGUGGAUAAGAUUCAGCAGGGGCAUAGCCAGGGACAGGUGCACAGGAGAGGCCAUCAUCAGGCUGGGAGGUAA